AUGGCAGAGAUCCCCGUUUGGCAGACUUCUGCCUUUUUCCCGCCUGCUCCUCUUCCCUGCGGCUAUUUCUGCGAUGCCGAGGAGAUUAGACAUCAAGAACAUCUACAUCGGGUAUCCCAUGCGCAGUUUCUGUAUUCCCAUCGUACGGACUCACCCGAGGCUAUGAGGGUCUACAGGGACUUUCUUAGAGAGCAGAAUGCCUGGAUGGCCGAACAGGAAGAGUUGAGAGAGCGGGAAGCUCAGAGAGCAAUGAAGGUUUAUAUGGACCUUGCGUCCCGAUGGGCUGAAGAGUGGAGAAGGCUUGAAAGUGGUGAGACAGUGGAGGAUAGCUUGAUAGUAAGUUGCUUAUGUUGAUAGACUCGAUGCAAUCAUCUAAUCUUGCGUAGCAGACGGCGGCGGCUCAUAUCCUGAACUCACUCUUUGAACCGGACCAUCCUGGGAGUUGUGCGGACCCGAUACCGUGGCGCGAUGGCUCUACUCCCGAAAGUAUUAGUCCCCUGAACCUCCCAGAAUCUCUUAUCGAUUGGAAGAAAAGCCGGAAUUCGUGCAAAGGACUACCUAGAGUUAAAGCUGAAUGCACUCUCGGAGAUUUCCCUGGUUUCAACCGGGUGGACGGAUCCGCUACCACAAAGAUACAGAAUCCAGUUCUGGAUCCUGCGAAGGCUACCCGAAAACCGCAACAGAACCUCGAAGGACAGGUUCGGUGCAAAUCUUUGGGACCAGGAGGUGGCCGUAGUAGUGGUCUUGAUAGACGCUUAGGGACGAACAAAUCUGUUGUCCAGCCUAUUAUUUCUUCUCCACCUCCGGGUUUAGGGCCCCCGAAAAAGUGUAGGGCCGCGAGUUUUAACACUUCCAAACCCCCUUCCCCUAUGACGAGCAUUGUGCGACAGGAUAGAGGCCUGGUGGGGGGCGAGAUUAUUAAGAUAUGUUCGCACAAGCGCUGGACCGACGGUGGAUACCUCCUCUAUGAAACACUCUGGAGGCCAUAUGGCAUUGACAUUCCGCCAUUGAGGUUGUGGGUAAAAUCGGAUCAUUUCGUGGAUGUGAAAAUGAAGAUACUCUUGGCUGAUUAUCACUCACGGAAUAAACUUGGGACCGUGCAUAGUAAGCCGAAGAGAGGGCUGCAGACUUCUGGUAGUCUUGGGGUAAAGGAAAUUAGAGAUGCAUUGGAUGAGCGGAAGCUCUCACUGAUAGCCAGUGGGAGGUACAAUGAUCGCACAGCAGGGUUGCUAGGAAAGUGUAGAUGGAUGAUGAGGGGCGAAUGGCAACAGAGAGGAAGAGGGUGGGCAGCUGCAAUUGAGGUUGCGGAACGCUGGAGGCAAGCUUGGCAGGAUGCAGAUAAAGCAGAAGGGCAGAUCCGCCUCAAUCUUGAGCGAGAGGCGGCGCCUGCGGCACCUGAAGCUGCUGUGAACGCUGACAGAAAUGGUAUCACUUGCUCGAAGGAAGUGAAAUCGAAAGUUGCGCCAUCCCCGCCAGUGGUUUUCAUUGACAGCUCUCCAAGCCUCGGGCAGCGUGACGGGGAGCACGCAAUUGAUUCGGAGCGGGAUCAUAGCCUCCGGCGGAUUUCGAGAGAUCCCCACAAGGUUACCAGAAAUGAUGAGGAGGAAUGGAGAAGUUUCUUUGGGGGUAUAGACUGUUUGGAUCCGGUCGUGGUCGAUGUUACUGAUUCCUCUACAAUCGGGGGAAUAUCGGAGUCGGGAGGAAUUACCAGAACCUUCCCGGAUGCUGUCGAAACGUGGCGUAUUGGCCGCUCUGGAAGCUUGACUCCAGAGGUUCGGAAUAUGAACAGGACGAAAGGAGGAUUCAUCAAUCUUCUCAAGCAGGAUCGUUUCACAAGAAAAUCUAUAUCCGAAGCCGCCUCGACCCCCGUGUCCGUGCACUCAGUGUCCGAAAGAGGAAGUUACUUAGCACAUGAGCGGGAAACGAUUUUCUCACGUUUGUUUAUCAAAGAUGGGUAUAGAGGUGGUUCUAUGGAUGCAGCAACUCCGGCCGCAUAUAAACCAAUAUUGCAGCCCUCUGGAGUAACGGAGGCGCCUGGAGUCUUGGGCGGGACCUCGGCUGCAGUUAGCAGACCUCUUGAUGGGGAGACCCAUGAAGGACACCCGGGACCCCGGAAUGAGGUGCCGCCGCUCAACUAUACGGCCACUCAAGAAGAGGUUGGGGGAGGUGAUGGUCGUGCUCAAGCCGCCGUUGCUGGAGGAAUUCUCACCCGAGACGUUGCUACGCAGACAUCCUCUUCUACCGAGUCUCUGGCAAGGUUGGGAAUUGGGCAAAGCGUGAUAAUGUCUACUACAAGUACAAGAACCAUUGGAGAGCAAUUGGAUGAUGACUGGCGUGUGCGGUUUCUUAACCUUUUUUCACACACACCCGGUUUGAGUAAUUUACUCGCUGGGGCAAGAGCUUACACGGGUGACUGUGGUCUUACGCAAGCCGCAGAAUAUGUUCACGGCCCAGUCGAGUCCUUUGGGGGCGGUAGUGGGCAUCUGUCAUCCCUUGGUAGAGAAGAAGCCACAGAAGGGGAUCCGGGAGGUCACACUGGGCACAAGAAAGAAAAUGGCCCAAAGAACAAGAAACAUAAACGGGGAAUGGCGGCCGAGAGUGGUCGGAACCCGGAUCCACCGCCAAGGCUGGCAUGCCCGCAACUGCUGGCGCCGCCACAGGACGGGGUGCCGCUGCCGCCAGACGAGGUCCGGGGGCAGGGAGGAUCUUGGAGCAUAGAGGAAUCUUUGGUACAGGGGGUGCCUCCCGCAGAGGGGGGGGCUCCAACGAAGCAAGAGCUGGUUACGAAAGCUUUGAAUGACAGCAAGAAGAGAGCGAAGGCAAGAGGAAAAGAGCUAAAGAGCAAGAAACAGGAAGAAGGGCUCACACGUGAGGAGUACAAAGAGUAUAAGAAGUUGAAGAGGCUGUUGGUCAGAUACCAGGCCACUAGGUGGUUUUUAGGGCAGGUCGACAUUCUUAUUGAGCGGCACAGGCGAUAG